UCUUGACAUGGAUGUCAGGUAUGGACGGCAUCAUGUGCCGCCGUCUUCUGUCGUAGCCCCUGUCAAGGGUAGCAAGAAAGGUGUCGGAGUAACUGCAGUUGAUAUCGGACAAAUCUCUAAGCUCCCCGUCGUACCAAACGCCCGAAGUCGCCCCCCCCAACAGUCCGCAGGCGUGACCGACGCAGCCCUCACGACAGUGUUCAAAUCAGACGUGAUGCUGCUGCAGUUGAAAUGCGAGAAACUCGAACGCCUCUGGGGUACCAGAGAUAGCCAGUCGCCGCCCACAUGUGACCACGACAUCCGAGCCAUCGUAGCUCAAACGUCGAAUGUUGAAGCGAUAUUAGCCAGAGAAAAGUACGCGUCCAUGGCCGAAGCCGUGUGCAAGUUGUCGUUGAAGAUUGAACUCAAUGACCUCGUGGGCCGAAAGAUGCAAGCGGUUGAAACUCUCGUGUUGCAAAACACUGCAAUGGCACCAACGCCAGAACAAUGGACAUUGCCGUCCACAGUGACACUCUCCCGUCUACCGACCUUCCUCGCACUCAUCGACAGAUUAGUCCAAUUGCAUAGUACCGUCGCAAGACUCGCCGUCGCCCCACCACAAAGUGCAAAGUCGUACGAACCACACAACAACGCCCCACCAGAAGUAGUAGUGUCAAUCGAGCCACAUGGAAAAGAAGAAGCGUUGAGGGCGCACAUCCAGCAACUGCAAUGUGAACUCGCGCACACCGCCACCGACUUGCUAACCAAACAUCGCGUGGCGGAGAACCGGUGGCACCGCGAACUAGAAGUUCUCAAGCACGAAUGUGCAGCUCUAAACAACACGAUCAUGGGGUUGCAUGAGGAAGUGGACGUCACCAAACGCGCGCUGCGCCACACGACGCAAGAGCUAGAAACAGCCUCUUUAAAGCUCGAGCUGCUGCAGCAAGAAUGUCAGCGGCAUGACACUACGAUGAAAACCCUUGUCGGCGAAAACGAGGAGAUGGUGAACCAACUUCGCGACCGACACGCCACGGCGACGGCGCACUGGACCGCCGAACUCGAUGGAAUCCAUCGGCGGUUCCAAACACAACUGGAGGAGGUCCAUGCUCAGCAACGAGCCCAGCAACAACAAAGCGAUGAAAGCCACGCUACGCAACUGCAAAGUGCCUUGGACAAAGUUGCAACGCUCGAAGACUCCACGUACGAACUCAAAGGGCUGGUAACCACCUUGACAGAAGAAGACGACGCCCUUGUCCAGCGCAUUGAACAUUGGCUGGCUAGUGUCGAAGGGCCGACUGUCUCCCCCGAGUUGGCACUGGAUGUUGAUGGCAUAUCAGCGCUCAAGGUGGCGAAGCCUUUGGCCCGUGCAUUCCAAGUCUUGGCUGCCGUCGUGCCGAGUGUGGCGGCAUCUGACGCUAGACAGUCCACCACGAGGCAAUUCGAACGGGAAUUGCUUGUCGCUCUAGGCGAAGUUGCACAGGCCAAUGAAACCAUCUCAUCUUUAGAAGCGCUGGCGCAGACUCGAUGGGAAGUGAUCGAGCAACUUCGUGCGCAACUGGACGAGUGGACGGUGCAACGAGGGAUGAAGGAGAUGGCACUGCAACAAAGCAUCACGAGCUUGAAUCAAGAAAUCGCGUGUCAAUUGGACUGUAUCGACCAGUUGCAAAAGGACAAGCGCGCAUUGGUCCAAUCGCAGUGCAACGAUAGCGAGGUGGAUGGUUUCACUGAAGAAGGAUAAGGAUGAUGGAAGAUGAGAUAUUAUGUUGGCAGGUUCAAGCCAUCGACUCGUAUGAACAGGUGGUCAAGCAGGAGAUUCACGUGAUGAAGCGGGCGUUUGAGCUCAAAGCACGGCUCGCGAUGGAGCAGAUGGACACCCAGGACAGAGCCCAUUUCAAACAAGUGCAAGAGUUGCUGCGGAAACACAAGGAUGAGCGCAUGGCCGACCAGCUCCAGGCCAAGAAACUUGCUCAUGAAUGUCGUACCUUGCAGGAAAAGUGCAAACUGCUCGAGGCAAUGUGACGGGACAGCAGGAGAGCGUGCUUACAGUUCGCUAUACUGCAUGAAACUUGGCCACUUCAGUAACCCCGUCGGAAUCCAGCAAGGCUAAUACAUGAUGGAAUGAACAAUCUACGAGUAGAAGGUGGAUGGAUAUACAUCGGUAGCUACAAUAAUUGAAUUCUUCGUAUUCCGUAGCCUAAAGGUUGGCAUUGCUUUGAAGGCUUUGAAGGUUUACACCGCGAUCACGUUGGGUACAUGUAUGAGUGCUAAAUACUACAGGAUCUUCGGCAGCGCUAAUAACUCUUGGUCAAUGGCAUCGAUCUUGUUGACUUUGGUGGCUAUUUGGGCGUCCGUGCGAUCAAGGUCGCGAAGGAGGCAGGCGCGCCGUGCGGUCAGCCGCGCCAGCACUUCCGCCGUCUGUCGCUCAUGCGCGCUUCGGAUGAGGUUUCUGGCGUUGUGAAUAGCUUGGCCUUGUUGAUCUCGUACUGUGAGAGUGGACACGCCUUCUUCAAACGUCCUCGACGCCACCUCGCAGCGGAAGUUGCUCGACCGCGGCGUGACGAUGCAGUUCAGGACGCUCGACAUGUUUUGCAAGUUGGAAUGCG